GUCCCGUUCGUUCAGUCGCGAUCGUGGUGGCAUCCUGUUCGUAGUAUGUGUUCGUUCUACCACGAUUCUCACACGCGACCAGUUUCUACUACGUACGAGUACGCGAGCUCUCCUUGCAAGCAUGAGCCAGGGUAACUUUACCACGGUAUAUUCUUUUAACGUGCAAAUUCUCAUUCAUGUGGAUUCUUUCGUAAUAUUUAUCGUAUCAUCAAACAUCGAACUAGCUUGACUACUACAAACAAGUAAAAUUGACAAUGGGCUCAUCGAAAGAGAGGCAGCAUCAUCCAGAAGCUGCAGCGAUUAAGAUAGCCAAACGAAGAUCGACGACGUGGAGGAGAACGAUGAUGAACCGAGACGGAACUAGACGAAUCCCGGAAGAGAGUGAAUGGGAGAGGUGACGUAUCGUUCAGCGAUGCGCAAGAGACGUGGCCUGGCCAGUGCCGUUCUGGGCCUGACGGUGGGUCUCGUGUUUGGCCUUCUGAUCGGUGGUUAUCGGAUACUCGUGUCAAACAAUCUUCAGCGAUCUGGUUGGCCGUCCUCCUCAUCAUUCUCGACAGUUUCUCCUACACCGAGAAGUUUGAUACUAGAACCGACGGUGCGAAAUAUGCCAAAAUUGUCGGAUGACGAACGUAUCAACAGUUCUUCCGGUAGUCUGGUCUUUGUCGGUGUUAUGACAGCAAAGAAAUAUCUCGAUACGAGAGCUAAAGCUGUUUACGAGACUUGGGGUAAAGAAUUACCAGGUAAAAUAGCCUUUUUCUCGUCGGAAAGUUCAACCGUGCCAGAAAAUUGUCCUGACCUACCAUUGGUACCGCUUCCCCGGGUUGACGAUAGUUAUCCACCACAAAAGAAGUCCUUCAUGAUGCUGCAAUACAUGUGGAACCAUUAUGGCGAUCGUUUCGAAUGGUUUUUUAGAGCGGACGAUGACGUUUAUGUCAGAACCGAUCGUUUAGAGAAUUUUCUUAGAUCCGUCGAUUCAAGGAAACCUAUGUAUAUCGGGCAAGCCGGUAGAGGUAAUUCUGAGGAGUUUGGAUUACUUUCUCUCGAAUACGAUGAAAACUUUUGCAUGGGUGGCCCCGGUGUUAUUCUCUCGAGAGAAACGCUUAGAAGGAUAGUUCCUCAUAUCAAGUAUUGCCUGAAACAUCUUUACACCACCCACGAGGACGUCGAGUUGGGUAGAUGUGUUCAAAAGUAUGCUGGGAUUCCUUGCACUUGGAGCUAUGAGAUGCAAUCAAUCCUUUAUCAUAAUAGCAGUGGAGAUCAGGCGUUUACGGGUAAUCUCAAGAGAAAAGAAGUACAUCGUGCCAUUACUUUACAUCCUAUAAAAACUUCUCCGUACAUGUAUCGACUUCAUAAUUAUAUGAGGGGAUUAAAAGUACAAGACGUGCAACAAGAAAAAAUCAAAUUGCAAAGAGAUAUCUAUACGAUGACAAAAGAAUUGAAUAUAAAUCUCGAUCAUUUGAAAUAUUAUCAAGUGGCUGAUGCUGUACCGCUCUUCCCUGUCAAUCCUUAUUCUGAGAACUAUCCUGGCGACACCGAGAUAUUAGGUGUUCCUCUUGGACUUCGUACCUUUAAACCAACUAUAAGCGACGAAGUCAUCCCUUGGGAUUUCAUUUCGAAGUCGGAAUAUAGCUUGGCCGAUUUCAAUCCUAGAAGACGAAUCCACAGUGACAUUAAAGAGGGUCUGGAGGAUAUUACUAGGGAAGUAAUGGCUUCUAUAAAUGCCUGUUCGAGACAACGUGGUCGAGUAGUCGACGAACGGUCUGCUCUUUACGGUUACAGAAGAGUGAACUCCUAUGGCGCUGACACAAUUUUAGAUCUACUUCUGGUCUAUCGUAAAUAUAGAGGCAAAAAAGUCACUUUGCCAGUUAGAAGACAUAUUUAUCUUCAUCAACAUUUUACCGGAUUAGAAAUACGAGAAGUGAUAAAUGGCGAGGGAUUUAAGGAAGAUGAUCAAGAAAACGAGGAAAGAUCUGUACAAAAUCUUUCACAUGGAAGAUUCCUGGAUUCAAAUUCCAAAUCUCAGAAAAAUGUGAAUAUCGUUCAAAAAAAAAUCAUACAUUUCAUAUUACCCUUGUCCGGACGAUAUGAAGUAUUUCAAAGAUUUUUACAAAAUUACGAAGAGGUGUGCUUAAUGACUAAUGAAAAAACGGAAUUAUUGGUAGUAUUAUAUCAGCAUAAACUAGAGGAUACAUUGAACAAAACGAUAGAUUUGAUCGAACAAUUGAAGUACAAAUAUCGCAGUGCUAGUAUCAACGUAAUUUUAGGCUCUGGAGAAUUUUCAAGGGCUAAUGCUCUUCACGAAGGAGUUACUAAAAUGAAAGACGAAAGUUUAUUAUUCUUCAUUGACGUAGAUAUCGUUUUUACAAGUUCUGCUCUACAUCGUAUACGAUUAAAUACAUUAAUGAGUAAGCAAAUUUAUUUUCCUAUAGUUUUUAGUGAAUACGAUCCAAAGAUCGUUUAUGAAAGUUCAAAGAAACAUGACAAAUAUGUUAUUACGGAAAUUGCUGGUUAUUGGAGGCAAUUUGGUUUUGGUAUUGUAUCAUUAUAUAAGAAGGACUAUGAUGUCGUUGGUGGGUUUGAUUUAUCGAUUCGAGGUUGGGGUAAAGAGGAUGUAGUAUUUUUUGAGAAAGUCGUUAAAUCAAAGAUAAAAAUUUUUAGAGCAGCUGAUAAAAAUUUGAUUCACGUGUUCCAUGAUGUCGAGUGUGGCAAAGAACUCUCUGAUACGCAAUUAUCAAUGUGUAUGGGUACUAAGGCUGACACUUAUGCAGGACUCGAAACACUCGCUAAGAUUAUUUAUGAAAAUCCUGAAUACUUAAAAUUUGCCAAGGAAAAACGAUUAAAAUUAACGAAGGCUGGAUCUUAAUACUAAUAAGCCAAAAAUAACAAAAACAAAUAAUAUAUAUAAUAAUAAUUUAUAUAUAUUAUUUCAAGAUAAUGUGUUCUAUUCACUGUUUUAAGUGUACAUACACAUUAAUUUAGUUUCUUCUUUUUUUUUUUUAUUUUUCAUUUACGCCAAAUAUAACUUUUAUUAUACAUUUAUAUGUAAAUGCCAUUAUUACGCGUAAUAUAUAAUCUUCAAAGUUAUUUUUAUACGUAUAUAUAAAAGAAAAACAUUAAAAUUUUACCGUACAAUUAGAUCAUAAUAUUUGUUACAAGCAUAAGUUAAUAGAAGUGUCGUCAAAGAGCGGAACUAUAAAAUAAUCGUAAUUUGACGAUAAAUAAAUAAUGAUGUUCCAUCCAUAGAACUUUCACAGAGAUCUUACAUUUAUAAGUGUACAUGAACUAUGAAGAAAUACAAAAUUACAAAGACAAUGUAACAAUGACGAUAAUACUCGUGACUAAUAAUAAGUGCACCUGAACGUGCUAUCGCUUUACGAAUGCAUUCAUUAUUUCAACAAGUAAUUGUGAUAUUAUUGUGCUUUUAUUUAAUUAUAGUAUCGCAAGUUAUUAUCAUAUAAGUAGUAUACUACAUAAUAUUAUUACGAUAGUAUAUGAUAAUAUAUUUUCUAUGUUAAUAUACAUUAUGUUAUCAAAUCGCUAUAUUGAAAAUAAAUAUAUAAAUAUUUUAAGUAA